AUGUAAAUGCUAGUCCUGUGAUAACAGAUACAAUGUAGCGCAAUCUAAAGCACGACUAGACGAAGGGACUUGAUGUAGCCUAAUUCAGUUGGGGACUGCGUCUCGAUUUGGGAUUCCCUGGCAGAAUGAGUCACUUCUUUACUUUCUGUUUUAACGUUCGGAAUUUCCAACCUUCUCUUAAAAACAUGAGUGUAAUGCAGUUUCCGAAUUUCUUUUGUUUCGUGCUACAAUUCUAGUAAAGGUUGAGGGGAAAAACGUAUCGGCUGAAAUUUACAAUAUUUCCCAUUUGAGGUCAUAUGACUUGUAGGCUACGGUUUCCAGACAUAGCCUACUUAGACUUUUGCGUAGACAUUAUUCCUGAUGUCAACAUUUUAAGCAGAGAGAGAGAGAGAGAGAGAGAGAGAGAGAGAGGGGGGCUAAUAGGAUUAUGGAGCUUCAGUUUUCCACGCGUGUCUCUAAAGCGGUCGCAAUGGAUGUAGCAGUUUUACUUUCUAUAUCCUGUGUAUUACAUAUUGAAAUAUUCACCGAAAAACACAUUCGACAACGUCUUAAAUCGGGUUUUAAGAAUGGUUUUCAACGAUCGACGAUGAGUUCUCGCUCGCCUUGAUGGCAUAACUAAAAUGACAACUUUUUUGGGAAACUUUAUUUAAGACGUAGAUAAUGACUCUCGGGAAAAGCGAACCUCCUUGGACGUGUUAAAUGCGUGGAUCAAAUUUGGAAUUGCAGCGCUUUGUAUGAAGUCACAGAGAUGGAUCUGUUUUUCAUUCCAGUGGUUUAGCUACCUAUAGCCUUCCGGCAAUUACACUGCAAAGUGCCGAUUGUUUUGGGAUUACCGGGGGUUACCGUUAUUUGGCUAGUUUAAAUAGGCUACUCCUAUAUUAUUACAUCAAGUAAAGUCUAAUUUAUUUAAAGCAGUUUAAAUUAUCACCAACAUUGGUCUCAAAACCCCUAGUUUUUUUUUAAAAGACUGUUUUACCAAGUUUUGAUGUUGGCAACAAUUCAAGAAGUUUGGGGUUCAAGUGCACUGUUCUUUUUCCCUGUGGAUUUUUAUCUAGGGGGUUUAAAUGGUGCUGAUAACAGACGACAGGGAAGGAGGAGGGUCCUCUCCUGUCAAACUAAAACAAAUUCAAAAAAGUAGAAGUCGAAGCGAAGUUCAUCCCGCACACACAGUGGAAUAUGCUCAUUUCUCGGAAAAAUAUGACUAUCCGGGAUCUUGUGAAGAAGAAGACGACGGAGAUGAAGAAUUAUCCGAGUUACCCGAUACUAGGAGUAUUGCCUCAGAUGACUCAUUUUAUCCACCAGAUGAUAACUUUGAAGACAGUGAGAGGACAUUAUCUCCUGAGAGUCCUGUGCCUCUCUCCUUGUACCAAGCAUGUUGCAGCAAUAAUGCUGCCAUUGUUCUGAUUAUGAUACGGCAAGGAGUGUCUGAAGACGAAGUGAGAGAGACAGACAAAAACAGUAGGACAGGAUUGAUAGUUGCCUGUUACCAGGGAUAUGUGGAUGUAGUCGUUGCCCUUGCAGAGUGCCCUUACAUUGAUGUGAACUGGCAGGACAAUGAAGGCAACACCGCCCUCAUUACUGCUGCUCAGGCUGGACACAUAACCAUCUCUAACUACCUGCUCAACUACUACUCUGGCCUUGACAUCGAGAGAAGGAACUGUCAUGGCUUCACAGCUCUCAUGAAAGCGGCUAUGCAAGGCAGAACAGACUGUGUCCGAGCUUUGAUGCUGGCAGGAGCGGACCUGGAGGCGCGGGAUGACGGGCGGAGGCUGACUCCGCGGCAGUGGGCCCUCUUCACGGGCCGCCACGAGACAGCCCACCUCAUGCUGCGCCUGAUGACCCAGCCGUGCCCCGAGCAGUACCGCGACUCCUACCGGCCCGAGUGGCCCAGGCUGCCGGAGCUGGUGGCCAACGCUCGGGAGCCCAGGGGCUGGCUGCACAAGCUGUCGGAGACGGUGCGCGGCGCCCUCUCCUUCGCUGCCAGCUCGGAGCCCGCCGAAGGCGGGGUGCUGGACCACAUGGUGCGCGCGACCACCGGCCUCACCAGCCCCUUCGUCGCCACGGCCUGCCGGACGGUGUGCCCGGGCAGCCCGCCCUGCGUCAGCAAGAGGCGCUACUCCGUGCAGGAGAUACUCCGGAGGGAGCGGGGUGAGCCGCUCCAGAGCCCGGACCCCGAGCGCCACGGCGACCACGGGCAGGUCUCCCAGCACUUCCGGGCCACCCUGGCCCCCAGGAGGAAGGACCGGCGGCCCAGCACGGAGGACGCGGCGAGGCAGAGGCACGGCAGCCUGCUCGCCACGCGCCCGGCCAGGAGGGGCAGCGUGCGGCCGGACGCCGUCCUGCCCAAGCUGCGGGUGACCAAGGCCCCGCCCCCCGACUACUUGCCGGAGAAGAGCCGCAAGAAGAGCAGCUGCAAGGACGAGCACUUCCUGCAGAUCCCCAAGUGGAGGUACAAGGAGCUGAAGGAGGAGAGGAAGAAGGCCGAGGAGGCCGAGAAGAAGAAGAUGGAGGAGGCAGAGAGGAAGAGGGUCGUCGCACGGAGACUUUUGCUCACGGGGAAGAGGAAGUGAAACUCCCCACCCGAAACCUUAAAGCUGAGGAGAGUCGUUCACCAGCUGCUGAGUUGAGCCACACGCCUUGUGAGGGCUUCAUACUUGAAAUAAUUUAUAUUAAUUUAUUUUCCUAUUUAUUGCUUUUGAACAAAAAUAUGAUAGAUUUUAAUAAUGUGCAUUUAUGUGAUUCACACGACUAACAAACCUAUAGUGAGAGCUACAGCUUUAUUUUAUUACCUGCAACACAUAUUCAGGGGAUUUAAGCAUGUUGUGUCCAUGAUUUUUUACACUAAAUGCUAUCUUCAGUCUUUGAAUGCAAUCCAUUCCGUUUUGGGGUUGGAGAGAGAGAUCCAAAUAUGCUUUAUUUUUUAAUAUAAAGAGUUUUACCAUAGUGAGGAAAAACACUAUUUGAGUUGCAUGCUAAGCAUGUCACUUCCACUUAAGAAAGGGGAGGGAGUUAAAAGAAGGAAAAGACCAUGAAGAUUUAACAACGAAUUCAAUUGGUCAAAUUCCUUUACUAAAAACGGGCUUUAUAUGUUCAAUGGACAAUGGAAUUUGACAAGCGAUAGCAAUACUUUUUUAAAUAGCUUGAUAAUCAACUGAAAUAACAAGCUUUAAAAAAACUUAUGUAUUUUGCAGAAUGAAUGUACCACAGUGCAUAUUUUGUAAAACAAAAAUGUCGCAUUUGUGCGAAAAUUGUUUUGGAUAUGUGACUAUAAAGUGAAAAUAUGUACGCAACUACUCCAUAGUGGAACAGGUGAUAGCUGGGCAUCAUACUUAACAUUUACAUGACCUGAAAAUGAGUGAUGUAGUACUAAGUUAAGCAAAGCAUUGGCUUUGUUAAUAGCAGCAAAAAUGAAUAUAUUUUGCAAUACACUCAGUGUAGUCAUAAAAACACUAUUUUUAUAUGGAUGCUGAAAUGAAGUGACUGGAUGGAUAGAGCAUAUAGAAUAUAUUCAGUAACAGCAUAAUAAAAAAGGAAAAAAAAAAAAAACUCAUUGAAAUACUUAUACCAGAGAUUAUUGUUACUAUUCCAGCCUGCAAUAUGUCCGGUUUUGUCUACACUGCAAAACUAAGAGGUUUUUUCCCUGUAUUGUUGGACCUAACUAAACAGCAUACUGUGUUAAUAUUUAUUCAGCUUUUGUCUGCUCCUAUCCAAAGUAAUGUUACGUUACACAAGAACCUACAUAGAAGGUCAAAGUCCCCAUCCUCUACCCCACUAAGACAUUUUACUGGGAAACUACUGAAGUGACACUUUAAGGUAGCGAUGGGAGAACGAGGAUUCAGUACAGCAGAAAAAUAGGGAGAGUCACAAAAUACUGUAAGUGACCUGUUGAUCUAAACUACAUUUUAAACUAAUUAUAAUGAUUUUCUGUGGAGCACAAUAUAUUUGCUUUAAAGCAGCGCUUCCAAACCCUGAUCCUGGAGAUCUACCAUCCUGCAGGUUUUCAUUUCAACCCUAAUCUCUAGUUGUGGAGUGAGGUGUGCUUUCUUACGGUUGUAGUGAAAACCUACAAGACAGUACAUCUCCAGAAACAGGGUUGGGCAGCCCUGCUUUAAACAAAUGAUCAUUGCAGCCCCACCCAUUUUGGGACUCAUAAACAGCAUUCUGAGAAAUGCUUUGACUUUUGCUGUUGAUUUCUGUAUGCAACCUGUUUAAGUGUUCUGCCUCUCCAUUGAAGGCCAUGUUUUCAUACCCAAAAACUAAACAUGGUACUCUCGACAUUAAUGCGGCCAAUUUGUCCACCUGGCAGUGGGUUGCCCCCCACACGCAUAUUGAGGACAAUCUCAUCUCAGGGAUGCACUUUGUAAUUCUCUGUUUUUGAGAGGCACGGCGGGUGUGACGGGUUGAGGGGACCGGUAGCGGCAGCUGAUCACUUCCAGGGCAGAGGGGACGGGCGAGCCGCGGUUUCGAGUGAAAGACGAGAGCUUUCCACCGAUGCGGAGGGUGGAGUACGAGCCUCGUUUCCCCCUCCCCGUUGUGCCAGCGUGCCUCUGAGCAGGGCUGUCAGGAAAUGACCCGUUUCCCGUCCUCGGUUUGGUCUUCCUCCAAACGGCCAGGAAGCAUAUCACGCCAACAGAGCUACUUAAAGCUGCUUUAGAGUUCAGGUCUUCUCAACUCACGGGCUCCCAAAGCUGAAGAUUUAGCUGUGACCCAGCUAUUAUGACAGAUAAAGUGUUGUUUUAACAGUUUUAAAUGCUAAGAUGCCCUUUAUAAUGCUGAGCAAUACUGGGAGAGGAUUCAUAUGUGGGUUUCUCUUCACAAUGUGAAUAAAAACAGUUUUACAAGCCCA